AUAAUAGUUUAAUAGUAGCUGAAUAUGUUGUAAGAACGACUAACCGAUGAUCCUUUUUUUCUUGGUCCGCUCGUUUAUGGAUGACUUGAGUACAUUAUAUUUGUUUACAUUGUCUUGUUAAACACACUAUUCAUGAUCAACUGGCCUUGGGACGUCAACAGGGAAUUAGAACAAGAGGCAGUUACUGUAUCGCUGGUGUUACAUUGUUGUAGCCUGUGAAUGAAAGACGAACUUGGAUCAAGUAUGGCAUUUCGACGUAUUAUGAUUUGUUUGUUUCAUCUGAGUAUGAUCAAGGAAGGUAAGAACAGAUGUGUGGCAAGGAUGAUCUCUCUACAUAUCACACUUGGAUUGUGUCACCUUAUGUUUGUGAUCAAAACAGGGAGCUCCUGUGGGGGAAACUCUGCAUUGGAAGUUGUAGAGAUGUGCAGUGGAGGUUCAUCCACAGCCCGUCACUUCUACCUACACGGGUCUCCAGCAGGUGAUGUACAGCGGUGUGACUGUAACCUGACUAUCACAAAUGCGUCAGGGUCAGUGAAUAUUAAACCCGUUCCCCUGACUGACAAAACAGCAACCCGUGGAGGAACACUGACACUGCCCGAUGGCGUAACAGAAGACUGUACACGGACUUCCAGGGUAGUUAAAUUUAUAUAUCCAGGUACCACGACGCUUGCCUUUGCCUACAACACUACAGAUGUUAGAUGUUGUGUUGAGGUAGAGUUACAACCAUCAGAAGGCAACAUAGCUAUAACAUGCCCUAACUCUACGACAACACAGACACAAUCAUCGCCGACAACAACUACAACGGCAUCUGAAAGGACACCAUCAGCAUCAGCGUCAACAUCAAUUUCGUCACCAACCACUACAACAAUGGUACAAUCGCCGCAACCAUCAACUACAAUAACAUCGAUAUCGUCACCAACAACAACAACAACGGUACCAAUCACGACCACUACAACGAAAACUACAACAAGAACAUCACUACAUACCGAUGAAAUCGUUUUUUCUUCCACAUUGACACCUAGCGCAACUACGCAUUUGUCUACGUCGACAUCUACAAAUGCACCAAGGUCUACCCUGACGUCGACAAUGACGCCAUCGUUUGAAAACCGAUCAACAUCGUAUGCCACACAGACUCAAUCAGCAACUGAUAACAGUAAAAGGGACAGCACGACAGUGGCAAGUCAGGCCGUUUCAUCUUUCCCUGUCGCUGCUGUUGCCGGUGGUGUUGGUGCUGGUCUCCUGAUUCUCCUUGUCGUAGUCGUUGUAGUGUUGUGUCACUGCAGGGGUCGUCAUGUUGACAAACAAGAAGAAUUGAAAGGUCCGACCAGCGUCAUCACAGUUACAAACAGUCUAUACGAAUCCUCAGCAGCGAUCAAUUACACACAUCCAACAAAACCACUAGCCAUUGCUGAGCAGCAGGACAACACCCCAGUGGUUGAAGACCAAAUUUCUCUGGGCCUGACAUCUGAUGACCAAGGCGGAACACCCGGUAUUGCUGACCACCAUGACGGAACACCUAGAAUAGCUAAACAACACGACGAAACACCUGCUAUUGAUGAACACCGAGACGGGACAACUGACAUGUACGCCCUUGUCAACAAGCCAAAGCCGUCGUCAGAAGCUACAACCACUACGGAACAACCAGUUCACACUGCCCCUAAAAAGCCUCUUCCCUACGUUGAUUCUGACCUUUCAAAAGCCACCAAGACAAUAUCGCCUCCUCCGAUUGGGGAAAAUGAUAUAUAUGCAAAAGUUGACAAGUCAUCCCUGAAAAAUAAGCUAUAGAUUUGUUGAUUGUUGUAAUUUAGUUUUUUUCGAAAAAACAACAAAUUAUCAAAUAACAAACAUGUGACCAUGUAACGUGAGAAAGAUCAUGAAGAUGAACAAGUUCCAUUUCUAAAUCAUGUGACAAAUUUCAAGGUCGACUGUCGGUCUAUGUUCACGGAAUUGAAAAUGUUUCUUAUAUGUGAUACGCAUAAACUCUGCAAGUAUAAUCCUCCCCUAAAUGUAUGAUUACAAAUCUGAAUCCAUGUUGCAGGUUAGAUAGAUAUUGGCAUUGAUAAUCCAUCAGCAGCUUAACUUUCAUAACUUUCUGGAUGACCUUUAGAUUAAUAAUUUUUAUUUAUUUUAUUUUUUAUUAAUUUGUAAUAUUCACUAUUUUACCCGCUACUGUCACCACUAAUAUCACAUAAACAUGUAUAAACAUUCUUAAUAGAUUCAACACACUAUACGUUUUGUUUGUUUGUUGUUUAGCGCUUAACUCAGCUAUAUUACAGCUACAUGAAUGCGGUAUGUAAAUAAUCGAAUCUUGACCAGACAAUCCAGUGAUUAUAUGUAAUAUGGAAAAUGAAGUGCAAGUAUAAACAUGUACGUUGUAUUGUAAUGGAAGGUUCAAAUAAAAACAUUGUUAAAUGUAUAAACAUUGUCGAACUUAACAUUUGUCUGCCCAUCCUGUAUAUAUGUCUUAUGAAAGGAAGCACAACAGGGUUAGGGUAGCUCGAGCGACCAAGUCAUCUAAGCUGCUUCCUUCAGUCUCGCAAGAAACCUAUGAUUUUGGGUUCGAAUCCCGCUUCGCACUAAUUCCAGGUUCAUUCGCACUAUGCUAUUUCUCAUGAUACGUCAUGAUGUAACUAAAAUUGUGUUCAAAGCGGCGUUAAACCAAAGUCCUUCGCUUACCAUGCAAGUAAUUCGUAAUGAACCAAACGUCGAUGACGAAGACAUUCAAAAUGCUAUAUACUGGUACAUUACAAGCGUGUAUCAGAUAUAUUAAAGUUCAGAACUACAGAACAGCAUCAUUGUACAUCUUGAAAUUUAAUAAGUACCUCUGAGACAUACACGAUUUAGAAAUAGUGGCCAAAGAGGAUUGUUUUAGAUUUUUGUUUAGUUGACGACCCGAUGAUUGGACUACGGAGACAAAUUGACCUAUUACAUCACUUAGUUUUGCAAAUUAUCGGUUCUUCAGGUUAUUAGGCGAAAAUAGCAAAUUUGGAUUUUUCAACGAGAUCGAACUCUGCGACGUAAUGAAGAAAUGGUUCUUGGAUGGUAAUCCUAUCAAGAUCUCUUACUACAAUGUUUAAGUAUAUCAUUUUCACAAACACCUUUAAGGACCAAAUGUAUUGAUACAUGUACACCAGACGUCAAAGCUAAUAAGGCACUACUUGCUGUAAACGAAAUGCAAUUUAGGUCUGCUAAUAUAUCAGUUAAUAUACUGUUUAAACUCUUCGAUAUUUGUUCUUUAUUGUGUCCAAAAUUGGGGAUACUCUCUUCGACAGUUUGUUGAAUCAUACAAUUUGUUUUUGUAAAUUUGUUUUCUCAUUAGCACGGUGUUGCAAAAACUUUAUCCAGUACAGUAAUGCUGGGCAAUAUGGGUGAUGCAUAGUGUUUCUUUAAAUAUCGUUAAACAACGUUCUCGGCAUUGAAUGUAUCAUGUAAAAAUGUGUGAAUCAUAUUAUCAAAUCAAAUCAUUAUCUGGUGUAGAAUAUUAUGUAACCGGUAUAGAAAGUGAAUAUUUUACACGCUUUCUUUGUUAUUUAAUAGUUUGUGAAUCAUUGUAACUCAUGAAGACGAUUUGGUAUUGAUUAUGCAUAUGCUUGAUUGAUUUGUAAAAGGU